AUGGAGUGCCAUGUCUUUCCGCCGCACAAGCGGCGUCGGCAGGAGGCUGCCGCGAUCUCCGAGCUGGCGAUGAAGGAGUCCACGGCAAAAGUCAUCCGCUCCUUCCCUAGCACGUGGCAGCUGCUAACGGUGGCACGUUUGGCACACGAGGCACAAGCACUUCGUUCCGUUCCAUCUCGCGGGAUUUGCAUUGAAGUGGUGCCGCAAGAGAUGCGUGCAAGCGCGACUUUCCUGCACCCGCUGCCGAGCUCUGGAUCCACCAGACCACAUUCUGACCCAGAUGAGGUUAGUCGGAUCAAUGUGGCUUUCGACUGCCCUGAGUGCUAUCCUCUGCGGCCCCCGCGGGUUCGACAGAAAGACCUGCAAGUCCAUGGCCAUGUGGAGGGCUGGCAGUACAACGGAGCAGACAUCCAGCUGCUGCGGCUGGAGGACGACAGAUGGGGCUUCACUAUGGGAAUUGCGGACAUCUUGGCUGAUUUGCUGGAUGCGCUGCCGCUGCGCGCGGCCGCGCGCUUUAAUGAGCCUGCCGAUGCGGAGAUGGCCAGCUGA